AUGCCGGUUCCGCAUCUCCGCCGGACUUCCCAGGCCAGCAGAUCGUCUAUGGAAGAUUCCCCGCCAAGUGGGGAGGAUGAGCUCGUCGAGCCCGAUCAGGGAAAUGUCCUUUCGCAUAUCAUUUCCCAGCUACGGCCAGGUGCUGACCUGAGUCGAGUCGUCUUACCGACGUUCAUCCUCGAGCCCCGGUCCAUGCUGGAGCGAAUCACCAACUUCAUGGCCCACCCGGAAACCCUCCUCCCCAUGACGACGAUUGACGAUCCGGUCGAGCGCUUUGUCUCCGUGGUCAAGUUUUACUUGAGUGGAUGGCACAUCAAACCGCCAGGAGUGAAGAAACCGCUCAACCCCGUGCUUGGAGAAACCUUCACCUGCCACUGGGAUUAUACCGACGGAACCCGCGGCUACUACAUCUCCGAACAGACUUCCCACCACCCGCCGAAGUCGAGCUAUUUCUUUGCUGCACCGGAACAUCAUAUUCGCAUUGAUGGAACACUUAAGCCCCGCAGCAAGUUUUUGGGUAACUCCGCAGCCAGUAUGAUGGAAGGUAUCGCCAUUUUGCGGCUGAUGAACCACGGCAAAGACAAAGAGAAAGGCGAGAGAUAUAUUCUGACCCAACCCAAUAUGUACGCGCGCGGAAUCCUUUUCGGGAAGAUGAAGUAUGAGCUUGGCGAUCACAGCUACGUGCGCUGUCCUGAGAACCACCUCGUGGCCGACAUCGAGUUCAAGACCAAGGGCUAUUUUUCCGGUACUUAUAAUGCAAUUGGAGGAACAAUCAAGAAUGAACAGACUGGAGAGGUUUUAUAUGAAUUAUCUGGACUUUGGAAUGGGGAGAUGCACCUGAAGGAUGUUCACACCCACAAAAAAGACAUCUUGUUCGAUGCUACACACGCAAAGCACACAGCUCCUGUGGCUCGCCCCAUUGAGGAACAGGGAGAGCGUGAGUCACAGCGUUUAUGGAAAGAUACUGUCAACGCUAUUUUGGCCCGAAACCACGAAGCUGCAACAGACGAAAAGACCAAGAUCGAAGACCGCCAACGAGACGAGGCCGCCAAGCGCGCGGACGAAGGAAUCGAGUGGCGUCCUCGGCUCUUCCGUCGCAUCCAAGGCGGCCCCGGUGGACCGGACGAGGGUGAGGAGGAUCUCGACUGGAUUAUCAAUGCCCAUGUGGACAUGCGCGACCCCGAAGUCGCUGACAAGCAGAUCCUCGCAAUCGCACCCAUCGUCCAAGGUCAGAAGGAGUCAUCCCAGCAUAUCCCUCCGCAACCAGCUAAUGCCUCCCCCGCAGGCUCCGAGACAAAAAGUGAUGCCUCCCAGAGCACCGUGCAACGGAAAGACACACAAACAUCAGAAGUGGAGAAGUUUGUAGACGCCAAAGAAUCCUCAUAA